CAUGAUGGGAUAUGAGAGUCCUCCGGCGGCGCGUUGCCGCCAUGUCACCUAGAGAGAAACAUUUAGCGCUUCUCUCUGCUUUAGGCGUAGUUAGUCUUGCUCUUUAUUAUAUUCCUACUUUUCUUUACGCGACUUUAAUUCUCGCAGUUUGUUGUAUUGUGUGUUACUAUCACAGCGGAGAACCGCUUCCCGCCAGGUUAGGCCUGAAUCCGCGGGCUGGCCUGAACUUUCCAGCCGUGCUCAGGCGUUAUUUGUUGGGUUGGGGGGUGACCGGCGUGUCGGUGGCCCCACGGGGGAAAACGAAGAGUAGCAGCAACAGAGUCGAACUCCGGGAAUCAGAGGGACACUUCAGACAAAGGCUCGGCGAAACUGGGAUUUAUCGUAGGGAAGCCUUGGCAAGUGAGUCGUUUCUUUUCAGCCCUCGGGAUUUCCUCAUGGGGAGUUACAUCGGGAAACCCGAAAGUCCAACCGCUGACUCCGGGAGGCCGAGGACAGGGAGAAAUCCCCGAGAGCAGCUACGGGAAAAGCUGUCCAGACCCAACCAUGCUGUCUAUACCCCGAACAGGAGGCUGUCAUUUGCUGGGGAACCACUGGGCCCAGUGGGCAGGUUCACCAUCACCCCCCAGCGUCAUUACCCCCUGCAGCAGCCAGGUGUCUCAUCAGUGGGAGUCCUUCCUCCGGUCAAGUGGGAUGGCUUCAGGAAGAAAAAUGUCCUCAGCCCCCGUAACCCUCCAGUCGCCCUUAGUCCCGUCACUGUGAAGAUCGCCAGGCCCAACCACAGCAGCCCCAGUUUGGACCAUCUGAAUUGUGCAGGGCUCCCCAGGGCGACUGUAGACCCCUGCUCCAGAGAAAGUGUCCUCAGAGUGUUGAAGGAUAGCCGCAAGAGAGAUGUGGAGGAUGAGGACAGGAGCUUCACAACUGAGCAGAGAAGCAAAAGAAGACGUAACGACAGCGGUGGAAGUGCACACUCUGCUUUUGAGCCUCUGUUACCCAAUGGGACACCGUCACUUUUGGUCCCCAAGCCAGGAAGCUUGAAAAGAGGGAUGACCUCUCUGGCAGAGGAGUCCAACGUGAAGAGGUCUCGCACCUCGUCCAUAAGCUCUGGCAGUGGGGUCCAUUCCCCUAGAGGAACCCCAGGCACCAGGAGGAACCCUAUCCACAGUUCCUAUAGCUCUUCACUAGGCCUCAGCCAGUGGAAGAAACCGUCUGCACCGAGCUCCCCUCUGUCCAGCCCCGGAUCAUCUCGCUCCCAGACUCCAGAGGGACCCUCUAAAAGACCCAGAGAGGAUGACGGGCAGUCUCCCAGCUCAGCAUCCUCGGUGAGGUCAGACCAGACAGCUUCUGACAAGGCACCUGUUACUUCCAAACAGACACCAGUCCCCAAGGUCCCCGUCACUACCUCAACAGACUCUAAUGGUAGUGGUGGGAAGAGAAAACGGAAGAUUCAGCUGGUGUCCAGCCACCGGGACGAUCACAUCUCUCUGCCCCCGCCUCCGGAGCUUGGCUACACCAUCACUGUCAAAGACCUGGAUGAAGAGAAAAAGGCAGCCAUCAGCAAGAUCCAGAAAGUCCUGGAGACGCCUGCUCCAGAGCCAGAGAAGUCUGCCUCUCCUCCAGCCACCGCUUCCACCCAGCCCGCGUCCUCUACCAGCUCUACCACCACUACCCUGAGCAGCCUUCUGGCAGCUCCUCUGCCUACAUCCUCCAGCACUGCCAUCCCGGUCAUCAACCUGGAUCCCAGCCCAGGCAGCGGUGUCAGCAAGACACCGGCAGCCUCCAACCCGCUACUGGAGGUUCUGAAGAUGAAGACCAGCACUCCUGCUAGCUCCACAUCUGCUGUCAGCACAACCACAGUGUCUGCAUCAUCCACACCAGUGCAACCCAGUGGCUUAAACCUGGCCACAACGACUGCAACGACUGCAGUGGAUGCCCCACAGCUCCCCCCUGCCUCCCAGACUCAGUCCUCCGCUGCUGGUGCGGAGCAGCCCUCUGCCUUUACUCAGGUCCUGGGUCAGGUCUUCAAGGCUUCCAGCAGCAGCCCACCUGUAGCAGGAGCAGGCCUGUUUGGUCUGUCCACCCAGAUCAGCACCCCCUCUGCUUCUACAGCCUCCACCCCGGUCACAGCUACUACAGUCCCAGCCAGCAGCUCUGAGUCACUCACUAACACAAACCCUCUGCUGGCUUCAGGUUUCAAGCCCAUCUUUGCCGUCACCACCACCUCCUCAGCUACGUCAGCUCCAGAGAGCAAACCUCCUGUACAAAAUUUCAAGCCCAUCUUUGGAGGUACCACUGCAGGUUCUGUGUUCGGACAGCCGUCGUCCCUCACAACCACCAACCCAGCCUCGACAGUUUCUUCAAGUAGUACACCCUCAAUAUUUGGUGGAUCAACAAGCAGCACCACAGCUGCCUCGUCUGUUUUUCCUGGCUUGACCAACACCCCCACGGGAACAGCCCCCACUGGCUCCAUCGCCACCACACAACCUGCAGCUCAGCCAGGAGUGAAAUCCCUUUUUGGCAGCUGGUCCGCGCCAUCCACAGCAAGUACAAGCUCAGCCCCUGCGCAGGCCCCUAACACAGGGAGCACGUUUCAGUUUGGAACUGUUACCACUACUACUGCAGCUGCAGUUGCCCCAGCUGUCCCAGCUGCCCCUGCUGCUGCUGCUGCCACAACCUCCAGCAGUGGCACCUUCACAUUUGGUGCCGCACAGCCGGACCCCCAAGCUGCCAGCCAGAAGGUAUUUGCCUUUGGCCAGCCAGCACCCAGCCAGAACACAACCACUGCUUCAUUUGGAGGCUUUGGCAUGGCCAACUCUGCUUCCACCACUGCUGCCACCUCCACCACCCAGUCCACUUUUACCUUUGGAAAGCCGUCAUUUGAAGCACCAGCGGCACAGUCAACCUUCGGCUCCUCAGUGGCACCGCCAAAACCGUUCACCUUUGGAAGCAGUGUGGCGUCAUCCACGCCUGCCUCUAAUCCCGCCCCAGCUCCUUUCACUUUUGGGGCAGCUGCUGCCACCACAGCAACCACAUUUGGGACCCCAGCUAAACCAGCAUUUGGAGCCGGUUCCACUGGUUUUACUUUUGGUGGCUCCACUGCUCCGCCAGCUGCCCCCUCAGCUGCACCGAGCUUUGGUGCAGCAACCCAGACUCAGAGCUCCUCCUCAGCCACCUUUGCAUUUGGCGGUGGUGCUCCUCAGCCAGCUCCCUCCGGCCCUGCUCAGCCAGCUUCCGGUGGAUUUAACUUUGGUGCUGGUAUGUCAUGCCCCCAGUUUGGAACACCAGUCUCCAAUAAUCCCGCACCGCAUAUGGGAAACUUCAACUUUGGGGCUGCUGCUACUGACAAACCAGCUUUUGGGACGUCUACCCCGUCCUUCGGCCAGAGUGCUGCUGCAGGUCCAGUUCCCUUUGGAAGUCCUGCAACUCCAGUCCAAGGCUUCAACUCUGUUCCUUUUGGGUCUCCAGCAACUCCCUCCUUCUCUAUCGGAGCCGGAUCAAAGCCAUCUGGAGCACGCCAGAGGCUGCAGGCACGGAGGCAACACAACAGGAAGAAGUAACCUGCUACACGUGUCCAUCGCUGCUUUCAGAGGACUUUAGCUGUUGCUGCUAUGGCUAAUCUGGCUAACAUUGCUCUAAGCCCAACAUCCCCCAACCAGGCCGCCACCAUGCCCUCUGCUUACUUCCCCUCCUCCAGUGGGUUGCGCUGGCCCGAAACAUUUCGUUUGCAGAGGAGUUAGAGAGAGCACACCAGCUUGCUGAGUUCAUGCUGCCUGGAUGACUACAUGACCCAGUGAGGGAACGUAGCAGCGAGGAGACAGAAUCCGGAUCAAUGUACAAUACUUGAAGAGGGAGAAAAGACAGUUCAAUAGUAUGAUUCUGAACAAAAGCAUAUCCAAAGUUCUUUUUCCUUUUACAGUAUGUGGACACUCCCAUUGGUUCGUCUUAAGGAGAAAAGUCAGACAAAGACAUGGAGCCUUGGCUCAAACAUUUAUUUUUCUACGUGAAGCGCUCAGUGGUUUGUAUGUUACCGAAUAUUUGAGUACAUUCUCUGAAUGAGUCUGGGUAGGGUGAAAUGCACAGUUGGUUCUAAUAAGGUACACAACGCUGGGGUGUAAAUGUAAAGUUGUGAGUUGUUUGCAUUUUAAAUUAUUUUUUUAAUUGGCUCUCUGACCCUGUACAUGAAUGACGUGUUUCUGCACUUAAGGGCAACUUAGUAAAUGUCUUAAUGUAGUUAGCGAAGACCAUUGUGUUCUUGUUUCAUACUCUUUGUCAUUGCAAGCAUUCCCAGAGUCCUCCUGUGGACAGCCUUUUUUUGAUAGUGAUUGCCAACACUGAUGUAAUUAGUGGGUCAGUAUGUGAUUAGGAUGACUACUCUUGACUUGUGCUGUCAAACCAAAGCCAAUUCUUCAACGUCAUGCCUGUGAAAAGAAUCUGUGAUCUUUAUCUCAUCUUUAAAUACCAAGAUGUGUUUGUUUGUGCCAGACUACCUCUUUUUAAUCCCAGGCACUGAAUCCUUGUUAGUUCACUGAAAAAUAACGAAUCUGACAGCUCGACUAGAUCAAUAAGAUUUUACCUUCUACUACUGUUAAUACAGAUGUACCUUAAUAAAUACAGUGAGUUUUUUUCCCAUAACCUCUGCACAGCAACACAUUAUUCCCACUUUUGAAAUAUCACAGUUAAAAUAGAUUACACCACAUUAAUGUAACAUCAGAUGUGCUAGAAAUACAAUCUGUCGAAUUAGAAACCCUUACCUGUGAGAAAUUCUGACAAUGAUGCAGGGAUUUUUGUUGUCUCUGAUGUCUCUUACUUGCACCAUGAGGUGAUCAAUUUUGUGAAGCGAACAUGACCUUAAACCCACCAUAAAAUUAUUUCUGUAAUAAUCACCUCUUCUUGUGAAAAGUGAGCAGUAUCUGAUGCAGUUUUUGAUGGUUGAUUUUGAAUGAAUAAACUGAAACUGAAUUUUGGACAUGGAUGUUCCAACAAGAACACAUUCAACCCUUUGAGGUCCUAUUCUUUUUGCAUUACUCCCAUCAGAUCAUGUGAGCAUUUGCUGAGUUCUAGCUUCUCUGUAUUUA